UUAGAUAACUCUUCAAUUAUUUGAUUAUCUUCAUCAUGACAAAGCAAAAUGAAAAUUUUAUUAUAAAUUCACUUCCUGUGAAAGAAGAAGACAUUUUGGAUGGUGAUACGCUGUUGAUAUACAUUGAUUCGAAAAAAUCAAUUAACAUACCAAACUAUUACAACAAAACCAAGUAUAGAACUUAUAUUUCUCACAAACUUAAUAUCACUAUCAGAGCUCAAAGUCUUAAAAUUCGUUUAAAAGGGAUAGAUGCACCUGAACACGGCAUGCCAUUUUCAGAGGAGCCCAAAAAUAAACUAAAAAAAUUGGUAAUAGGAAAAUGCUUGAAGAUUAUAACAUAUGGAAUUGACAAUUUUAUUAAAUCCGGUCAAAACCGUAUCGUUGGAGAUAUAUACUGCAAUGGUAUUUUUGUACAGGAAAUAUUAUUGAAAGAAGGAUACGUAUGGCACCACCCACUUGAAGAUAGGAAGAAAUUUGAUACGUGACAAUUAAAGGCUAGGAGAGGUGGAUUGGGGAUAUGGUCAUUACCCUAUGCUGAGAAACCAUGGGAGUGGAAAAGUAAACAAAAAAGAAUUCCUUCAUAUACUUAGUUAAUACUUAAUAGUGUGUACUCUUUCC